UUAUAAUAUUGUCAGAAACAUGUUUAAGUUUUGACCUGCAAAGCCGAAUUUCACCGGGUUUGGUUGGUGGCAAGAAUAUACAAACACAAAGCACAUUGCUUGAGUUGACAUUUUUCCUUGUACGCAGAAAUCUGCAACUGGAUUGAAGUUUCAAUCUUUCACCUAUCCAUGGCUUCCUCCCACUUUCUUUGCACUAACUAUGUCUUACCCACUUCCCAUAACCCCUUCAGAAUCAGCCAUUUAGCUCAGUUCAGACCAAAUGGGUCAUCCAAAUUUCACACAAAGCUUCAGUUUCAGAGACCCCACUCGGUCAAAGCCAUGGUUUCUGAUUCCAACUCCUCAAGGAAACAAAUAGAGAUAGUGUAUGACCCUGAAGCUAGGAUAAACAAGUUGGCUGAUGCAGUGGACAGGGAAGCUCCCCUUUCAAGGCUUACUUUGUUUUCUCCUUGCAAGAUAAAUGUUUUCUUGAGAAUAACUAACAAGAGGGAAGAUGGGUAUCAUGAUUUGGCAUCUCUUUUUCAUGUGAUAAGUCUAGGUGACAUAAUUAAGUUCUCUUUGUCACCCUCAAACACCAAGGAUAGCCUGUCAACCAACGUGUCUGGGGUGCCCCUUGAUGAUAGAAAUUUGAUUAUUAAGGCACUUAAUCUUUAUAGGAAGAAGACUGGCAGUGAUAAAUUCUUUUGGAUUCAUCUUGAUAAACGGGUGCCAACUGGGGCAGGGCUUGGUGGUGGAAGUAGCAAUGCUGCAACUGCAUUAUGGGCAGCAAAUCAAUUCAGUGGUUGUCCUGCCUCGGAGAAAGAACUCCAAGAAUGGUCAAGUGAGAUUGGAUCGGAUAUCCCCUUCUUUUUCUCCCAGGGAGCAGCCUUUUGCACUAGUCGAGGAGAGGUUGUUCAGAAUAUCCCUCCACCAGUAUCUUUGGACAUUCCAAUGGUUCUCAUCAAACCCCCACAAGCAUGUUCAACUGCAGAAGUCUACAAGCGUCUAAGGAUAGACCAGACUAGUAAUGUUGAUCCUUUAACAUUGCUGGAGAAGAUCUCAAAGACUGGCAUCUCACAAGACGUUUGUAUUAAUGAUUUAGAACCUCCAGCAUUUGACGUUCUCCCUUCACUCAAAAAACUGAAGCAGCGAAUAAGUGCAGCUGGUCGUGGAGAAUAUGAUGCUGUUUUUAUGUCAGGAAGUGGAAGCACUAUUGUAGGAGUUGGUUCUCCUGAUCCUCCACAAUUUGUCUAUGAUGAGGAUGAAUACAAAGAUGUGUUCUUAUCAGAUGCAUAUUUUCUCACUCGAGAGGCAAAUCAGUGGUACCAAGAACCUGCUUCAACUCCUUCUGCCUCUGCUGUUGUUUCUGAGUCUGUUUAAUAUAUGAUUUAUAAGAUAAUUAGAUAGUAAUGUAAAAUUAACUUGGCUUUUUCCCUGCACCAUUUAUUGAUGUAAAAAUAAGUCCUUAGUCUCCCUGAUGCCAAACAUGUUUCUUGACAUUUUUGGAUUGGAUGUGGUGCAGAUCAAUAAAUUGGAAGUCGUCACCACAAAAAUAAAAAUUUUAAAAAUGGGGUAAAUAUUUUUGGAUAACUAAGGAUUACUAGAUUUCAGAUUUCA